UCCUGCUGUCACUAAUGGGACACCUCAGCUUUUUCCAAAUGACAGUGAUAUUAUUUGUCCUUAUAAUCAUUUCACUAAAUUUGGUCACGGCGCAGAUUAGCACGCCCUGCACAACCUCUAUGAUUAACACCAUCACACCUUGUGCCAACUUCAUCACAGGAAGCACCAACAAUGGUUUAACACCAUCAGCUUCGUGCUGUGAUUCGUUUCUGUCUUUGAUAACCACUAGUGUGGACUGUGCUUGCCUUCUAAUAUCAGCCAAUGUUCCACUUCAGUUACCCAUUAACACAGCUCUUGCACUCUUCCUUCCACAAGCAUGCAACGUGAAUGAAAUGCCUGCACUUUGUAAAGCCUCUGGUUCUCCUUUGCCAGCUCCAGGCCCAGCUGUACUUGGACCAAAUGGCCAAACUCUUCCACCCAUUGCGGUUUCUCCUUUAAGCCCACAAGCUUCGAAAACCAUCGCCGAAGUUGAAGCUCCCAAGUCCGAGAUUCUGCCACCAGCAUCAGUAGAAUCAAGAACAAUGAAGCAGAAACGCCCACGAAAACUCCAGGAAUAAUUAAUUUGAAGUUGGGAAUCAUGGUAAUGCGCAAUUGGCACCUAAUGAAUAGUUAAUCUUGGUCCCUGCUCGACGAAUAGCUCAAUUGUGUACCUCUAUUCAACUGCUGCCUAGUCAACAUAAAAUCUUACACAUAAUUGUUACUAUUUCUAACAUUAUCAGUUUCCCGAAUAAAUGAUCUACGUUGUCGUUGACAUACAUAUAUAUUAUUGUUAUGCUUCGGUUGUAAUUUGCGAUUAUUUAUUCAAGAAGUAAUAGAAGUUGCGUUAAAUAGAGAGAGAAAAAA